AUGAAGGCUCAUGUGAAGACGUCGUUGGCAUUGGGCCUGGCUCUUACCUCGAACAUAUUCCUUCUUGGUCCGUCAGUAUUGGUUGGAGCACAAUCUAUCUCCCUAGAUGACAUACCCUCUGUCAACAGCUCAGUCGUCACCAAUUAUGUCAAAGCUCGCUCGGAAUAUAUCGCAAGCGAGAAGGAGAUCCGGCAAGACCAUGCAUUCCGACAGAAGCUCUCCCCGGUAGCGAUCCAAGCAAAUGACAUCGUGGCCAAAAUCCGGCAAUACGAGAUCGACAAUGUCUGGAGGCAGCCAGCUCCGCUUGGAGAAGAGGACUCAGAGAUGUUUGCCGGAAUGAUGUUCCCCAAGGCUCGUGCAACCAUCUUGGAGACGGACUUGUGGAAAGUGGUGUCGCGAAUGCCCAAGGGAUCAUUGCUGCACGCCCAUCUAAGUGCUAUGCAACCCUUCGACGUGAUGCUGCAAGCCGUUUACGACACCGAGGGCAUGGUGAUCAGCACAUCGGAGGCACUAACCACUGAUAUUGCUCGAGACAAUGCUGCUAUCACGAUGCGACACGUGAACACAACAGUCGAAGCUGCAUCGGUCUUUCUCCACGAGGAAGGAUACGUUGCUGAGACAGAGAUUCCAUUCAAACAAGCUGCGGAAGCGCACCCAGGCGGGAAGGACGCUUUUUUUGCCUAUCUGAAAUCGCGACUUGUCCUUGCUCCUGAAGAAAGCAUUCGCCACGACUUGGGCGUCGACGCAAUCUGGAGGACUUUUGAGUCUCUCUUCGGGGUAUCCGGCAACUUCCUGGGCUACGAACCACUUCUCCGGACAUACUACCGGAACCUGCUCUCCGGACUCGUGGACGACAACAUCUCUUGGGUUGAGAUCCGACACGGCUGGUCGCCAGGGCUUGUGCCGGAGGGUCAGGAAGAAGAUAGUCCGGACCUCGACUUCUUCUGGCGCGUCACGGUAGAAGAAAUUGCUCGUUUCCAAGCCACUGAAAAGGGCAAAGACUUCUGGGGAGUAAGAUUCAUCUGGGCGGAUCUUCGCGGCCUGAACAGGACACUCAUCGCCAACAACAUGAUCAAUGCGCUCGAGAUGAAACUCGCCUUUCCGGAGCUUAUUUCGGGGUACGAUCUCGUUCAGCAAGAAGACCUCGGCGCGCCACUGAUUGAGCUCGCACCCGAGCUGAUCUUCUUCCAGGAGCAAGCGUCCGCACUGAACGUCACGAUGCCCUUCUUCUUUCAUGCCGGCGAAACCUUGGGAGACGGCAAUGCGACGGACAAUAACCUCUUUGACGCCCUGCUCUUCGAUUCACGCCGCAUUGGGCAUGGGUUUAGCUUGCACAAACAUCCUCAGCUCCUGAAGGACGCUAUCGCGAAUCAUGUUAUGGUUGAGGUCUGUCCUAUCUCCUCAGAAGUGUUGAGGUUAGCGACAGAUAUUCUACAUCAUCCCAUCACUGCGAUGAUCAAUCACGGUGUUGCGACGGCAAUCAGUAAUGAUGAUGCGAGCAUGAUGGGACAGGAUGCGCCUGGGUUGAGCUUUGAUUUUUACCAGGUGAUCCAAGCGAGUGACAAUCUGGGACUGGCAGGACUCGGGGCGUUGGCGGAGAACAGUGUGACAUGGUCGAAUUUUGAGGAUCAGGGGCAUCUUGAAUGGGUGAAGGACAUUGAGGCUGGUGUGAGUGGAAAUGGCAUCAAGGCCAUGAGGCUGCAGCAAUGGCAUGAGCAGUGGGAAAGCUUUUGCCAGUGGGUCGUGGAUGAGUUUGGGGAGCAGUAUUCGUAG